AUGACGGGCAGACGGGAGCGAAGGUCACGGUCGAAAAAGAACCAGUCGGAGGAGCCGGUGCAGGUGGAAGUGACUCCGGCGGAACCGACAAUGCUGGAUCUGCUCAAGAUACCCGGCAGAGGUGAUUCGCCGCGUGACUUCCGCAGCUUGCACCGUGAGAAGUCCCCGUUCGAAAUAGGUGAGAAACCGGACGUGCAGGUUGCCUCGCAGAAGGCCAUCAUCGACAAGGCACUCGUGAUGGACAUCUCGGGUGGUGUGACGAACGUGGACGAGUACAUCUCGCUGUUCUUCACCGACUCGUGCUCGCUGGAUCCGGCCAGCUGUGGUGACAUCUCCACCGUCAAGGUGGUCGUCGUCGAGGAGGAGAUGGCUGUCCCCGAGCCGCCGAAACCGGCCGAGGAACACGCCAAGACGGAGGCGGAAGCUGCCGCGGAGCUGGCCCGUAUCAAGGAAGAAGAAGAAGAGGCAGGUAAGUCAGUGAAGGAACCGACACCGCCGCCGCCCCCGCCAGAGCCAGAACCGGAACCAGAGCCUGUGGUGGAGGAGGAGGAGGAAGAGGAGGAAGAAGAGGAGGAAGAACCCGAACCCGAACCUCCUCGUGCCCCGACCCCCCCUCCACCGAAGGACCCGACGCCCGAGCCGGAACCGAUAAAGCCACCGCCCGAGCCCGAAUAUGACUCAGACGUAGAGCUGAUCCCGGUGAAAGAAGAGUUCGAUCCGUCGGUGUGGAAGAGCAUCGAUAGUAUCGAGCAGCAGCAGCAGCAGCAGGCCGAGGCGGAAGCGAAACCAGCCAAAGAAAAAUCCCGCGAAGCCUCCCGCCGCGAGUCGACCCAAGAGAUGACGGAACGGGAGCGCGACUUGGAGUGGCAGCGGCAGCGCCAGAUGAUGCGACCGCCGCUGGUCAUCUCCCAUCUGAAGUCCCGGGCGGCACCGAAGGGCUCGACGGUGAAGCUCACCUGUACCAUCUCCGGUCCGGGCAUUACGGUUCGCUGGCUCAAGAAUGGCGACCCGGUCGAGAAGAGCAGCAAGCACACCUUCAAGGUGAGCGAGGGUCUGCUCAGCCUCGAGAUCAAGGACAUCGACAAGGUCGAUGCGGGCGAAUACUGCUGCAUGAUCAAGAACAAGAACGGUGAAACGUCCACCAGCACCACGCUAACGGUGUACGAAAACACCGAAAUCAAACCUACGCCUCCUACGUUCAUCUCCAUCAAAGAUGAUGUUUCACUAGCGGACAAACAGGAAUCCGUGGUGGCUGCCGGUGAAGGGCAGGCAGUAGAGCCACCUGCUUCUGAAGUGCCAUCGUCUGCUCCGGUUUCGGAGACAGCAACCGCACCGACACCAGGUGCUGAGGAGAUUCCUCCUCCGGACACAGCGACAAGCGAAGCUGAAGCAGCUCAACCUCAACCGCCAGAACCUCAAGAACCGGUCCCCGAAGUUCCAGCUGCAGCUAGUGCUGCCGAAGAAGAGCCAACGGCUUCCACCGAGGCCGGAGAUGCAGCAGCUCCAGCCCCGGAAGUGGGAGGCCAUGCGAAGCAUAGGCGCUUGGCGCCGGAAAAGUCCCCAUCACCGCCACCAAUUGGUGGAGAUAUGGCGCGGUACUACCACAAGAAGAUACUACACCAGCGAGACAAGCUGCAGUGGUCCGUACACCUGACAAACCGUGCUAUUGUUGCGGGACAUCGCCUGAAGCUGAUGUGCUGCGCUAUCGGGUUCGAACCGACACUGGAAUGGUUUAAGGAUGGGCAGCCGGUCGAGUACGACGACCAUAUCGUCGAUAUGAAUGACAUGCAUCGCGCGGCGUACGGUUGUCUAUGGGUGAACGACGUGACCGUCAAGGAUGCGGGCGAGUACAAGUGCAAGGCGAAGAAUGAGAUGGAGGAAAUCGAGACCGUUUGCAAAUUGACGGUUGUCGAACCUGUGACAACCGUACAGACCUUUGCGCCAACGUUCGUACGGAUGGUUAGAGAAAACUACGAUUCGUACAGCAACAUCCUGACUGUUGAGUAUGUGAUCCGAGCGAAUCCAUCUCCAACGCUAACCUGGUACAAAGGCAUCAUCAAGCUUGGUGUCUAUCCCGAUAGUCAUAUGCGCAUCUCGCAGCACUUUGACGAAACGGCUGAACACACGAUCGCGUCGCUCGUAUUCUACGAUCCGUCGUACACGGAUAAUGGCGAGUAUAUCCUGAUAGCAUCGAACAGCGUCGGUGAGGCCACCUGCAAGCACAAUCUCGACUUCUGCAGCAAGGAGCAAUAUUUUGAGUGGUUGGCCAAAAAACGUCCAGGCUGGUUCAAGGCUGAGUCGUACAUACCGACCGAACCGGUUCCCGUCUUUGGCGAGGAUGAAACGGCCGAAGGUGAAGAGGAAGAGGACGGUGAGGAAGAGGAGGAAGAAGAGGGAAGUGAAGGUCCAAAGGAACCGAAAGUGAAGCGUGCUCCCAAGCUACCGGACGUCAAGGAGCUACCCGAGGAGGAAACUAAGGCAGAAGCCGAGGCUUUGGCCCCUCCAGUAGAGCGUUCUGUUCAGGUGGUGGCUCCAGAACCGGAAGCGGAAAAGCCGAAGGAAACCGCACCGGAAACUGAGAUCAUGUACAAACGAAGAAAAUCUCGCACGCAGGUUGCGCUGGAGGAGUUUGAACGACGCAAGAAGUUCGACUUCGUCUCGCAUAUGGCCAACGUUCGAGUGGAACCGGGGAAGACGCUGCGUCUGAUAGCGUAUGUCAAGUGUCCGGAGGAGGUAACGUCUUACUGGAAACGCGAUGGACGCGUAUUGGGAAAUGGAUUGCGCCUUACGCACACCACCAUGCGUUGUGGAACGUGCGUGGUUGAGAUUGAAAAGUGCAAGUACCGGGAUGCAGGCAUUUACACCUGCGUGGCGAAGUGCGCGACAUACGGAGAGAUCGAGCAGUCUUGCACCGUGUCGGUGGUGGAGAAGACGGAAAUCAAGGGUGAGGCUCCGGUCUUUACCCGCCCCAUGCAAGAAAAAUACGACCCCAUCCAGGAUGAGCUGGUGCUGGAGUGUUGUGUUCGAGGAGAUCCCGAACCGGAGACGGUGUGGAUUGUGCAGGGCGUGUUCAUGCGCCAUAACACCGGUGGAAGGCUGUACUUCCGCAAAUUUCCGGACGGGCGUCAUCAGUUGAGAAUUUUCCAACCUUCCAAGGAGGACAGCGGGCGGUACGUGUUGCGAGCAAAGAACAGUGUCGAUAAAACGGACAUGUCGUACUGGUUGAACUAUAAAAAUAGCGACGAAGACGUGCUGAAGGUGUUUGAGGAUGAGCUGCAUAAGAAAUCGGAGAAACCUAUCCUUAGUCGCCAUCUGCGUCCCAAGGAUUGCGACUACAAUCCGGAGGACGAGGCGCUGAUCAAGUGGUCGGAGUCACGCAGCCAGCAUGACAAGGAAUACGACUAUCGAUACAAGCUGCGGUUCAUUACGCAGCUGCAGGAUAAGACGGUGCCGGAAGGCUCGAAUCUCAAGUUUACCAGUUACGUCGAUGGAAAGUUCCCACUGUUCAUGUGGUACAAGGACGAGAUACCGCUCGUACAGGGUCGCAAAUACCGCCAAAAAACGCGCCGCGAUGGCAAGGUUACGCUCGAGAUAGUAAACGUAACGACGGAAGACGCCGGCACGUACAAGAUUGAGGCGAAAAAUUACGCCGGUACCAUUGAAUCGAAGUCGGUGGUUACUGUUUAUGAAAAUCCGUACACCAAAUUCGUUCCCCCAAUCUUUGCAAGCAACAUCUUAGAAACCUACUCGCUCCACUCGGACGAGAUUGUCCUCGAGUGUCGCGUCCGUGGUACGCCGCGACCGAACAUUGCCUGGAUCAAGGAUGGCGAGUACAUUAUCCCGGGCGAUAAGUACGAGCAGUACGAUCAUGCCGACGGUACCUGCAAGCUGAUCGUGACGAGCCCCAGCGAGGACGAUUCGGGCACGUACACGUGCGAGGCGGAGAGCGGUGGCUGCAGCGAUGCCAUCAGCCACAACGUCCAGUUCGUCAGCAAGGAGAAGGUGUUGAUGGAGCGCACACACAGUGUGUACCAUCGCAACCCGAACCUACCGCACUUCUACCAGGGUCUUGCGGACUACUCCAUCCCAUCCGGUGGCAACAUCUGUCUGGUUGUGGAGGUCCAGGGCAACUGUGAGGUGCAGUGGUUCCGUGACCGUUACCCGGUCACUGGCAAGCCACCGAAGGUUCGCACCUACAGUGAUGGAACGGGCAUCUUCGCGCUGUGCAUCACCGCUGCCACGAUGGACGCAUCUGGUCGGUACGUGUGCCGUGCUACGAAUGCGUUCGGCAAGGCUGAAUCGUCCUCGAACGUGGACAUCAUCAACCCGAACGCGAUCAAGGGCGCGAAGCCACCGAUCUUCAUGUCCCGGCCGCAACCGGAGAUUAAGAUCAGACAAGGCGAUUCACUUUCGAUGGCUUUCAAAAUCAUCGGCGAACCGAAACCCAAGAUUCAAUGGAUGAAGGGCACGAAGGAUUUGACCAACUCUCCUCGAACGAUCAAGGAAGUCCACAACGACUACAUUCGAUUUUCGAUCAAGGAAGCGGUCGUAGCAGAUGAGGGUGCCUACUUCAUCGUUGCUAGAAAUCGACAUGGCAUUGAUCGCUCGUUUACCAAAGUAUCGAUCAAGCCACCGAGAGGCUACAAGAAGCACAUGGAAGACGAUCUGGAUCGGGAUGCACCCGACAAGGGAAGAAAAUAAAUACAUGCAAAGCACAGUGCUGGAACUUCACACUUGUGGUUUCAUUGGAAUGUUACAUUGUGUUUUGACGACGCUCUGCAUCACGGAGCGAACUAGUAGUGUUUACAGCAGCUAAGUUAUUAUUACAUCAUCGCCCUGAACUGCACCGUCAGUUCACACAUCAAGCAUCGAGCUUGAUUUCGUACAAUCAUCGGUCAUAGGAUAUUCUAGAAAGCGCAUGGAUGAUACGAUUGGAAGCAUUGCGAGAAUACUUGCUAUACAUAAGUUUUAUUUUCCUUCCCCUCCCAAUAGUAAGAGAGAAGUGUUCGAGUUUAUAUGAAUUAAAACGAUUUUAA